AUGGAGGGGUUCCUCAAGCUCCCAUUUGAGCUUCGUGAGGCCGUCUGGAAAGAAUGCUUGCCAGACCCAGCCGCGCCUGAGGUCUACUUCUAUAACCGCGGCGAUUUUGGACCAGACUCAACAACAGACAGGGGUGGCGACUCAUCGAGAGCUUCCAGGUUCAAGGUGGUUGUCGACUACAUUGUCAUCUUGCAUGUGAAUCACGAGUCUCGUUGCUUUGCUCUGAAGAGCGGCUUCUCGUUCCAAUGGUUCCGGAAUCGGCUGCCCCGAGUGUCCUCAGAGGUCGUGGAGCUUGUGCUACUUCCAUGUCGACAGUUCCGUCCAGAGACAGACAUCUUCUUCCUUGGAGAGGAUCUUCUCGGAGACAUGUUGAAUACCGAAGACCGGCUGCGCAACGACCCCGCUGGCGUGUUCCAGAGCAUUCGCCACCUUGCAAUUGGGUCGUGGCAUUUGACGGACGAUGUAGCCAUCGACUUCUGGCAGGCCGAUUUCUUGUGUACUCUACCCUCGCUACGCCUCGUUUCGGUCGUAUUCGACCAUUACUGGGGCCUUGACGCAUCGAAAGACGUCAAGGACUUCAAGAGGUUUCGCCAUUUCAGGCUGGUCCCUUACACUCACGAGACUGCCAUGAUAUGCCCCGGAUCAGAGGAGGAUGGGCUUGACUUCAUCCCCGAGUUGGGGCUCAGGAUCGUGCCGGAGUUCAUACAGCAUCUCAAUGACCAGCUAUCUUUGGUAGACGAGCACGAGGACAACGCGCCGUGGAGUGCAAAGAUGGAUGGAUGGUUAUUCCGAUUCUUUGCAAAGAAGUUCAUUUUGGUCCAUGGCUAG